AUGGCAGAGACAACUUGCUGCCCUGCGCCGAAGCAACAGGACCCUGCUGAGAGCGUGGCGGCGGCUCCCGCGCUGACGGCGUCGAGUGAAACAAAGUCCCGCAAAACAAAGAAGCCCGAAGCCACCCUCCCCAACCCGCUACUCCUCAUCAUGGAAGAGCUGCUCAAGCUGCCUGAGUUUUCUUGGGAGGAAAUCAAGAAGCACACAGAUGCACAGAGCUGCUGGUGUGUCUUCCAUGGCCUUGUUUAUGAUCUUACCAAAUUCCUUAAGCUCCACCCAGGAGGCUCCCACGUCAUUCUCGAAGUUGCAGGGCAAGAUGCAACUGACACGUUUGAAGACAUAGGACACACUUUAGAAGCACGCAUCAUGGCAGAUGAAUAUAUUGUUGGAAGAGUCAAGGGAGAAACUAAACUGCGCAGGUGCAAGCCGGAGAAUGUGAAGGAAUGCUCUGCGAACGCGGUGCGUCCUAGUACUUGCUCGAGCCAGUAA